AUGUCGCUAGCACAGAGGUGCCGGGCAUCAGACAUUGACCGCGUUGCCGUCAUCGGCGCUGGUCCCAGUGGCCUCGCAGCCGCCAAAUAUCUCCUCGCUGAGAAGACCUUCUCAACGGUCGACGUGUUUGAGCAGCAUUCAACAGUCGGCGGCGUCUGGGCCUACACGCCCCACGCAGAGGACCGCGGCUGGUGGGUGUCUCCCGUCUAUGACUUGCUCGAGACCAACAUCACGCACACGUUGAUGAAGUACACGGAUCUGGACUUUCCGGCCGACUCGGCAUUGUUCCCUCGCCACGAGGUCGUCAAGCGUUACCUCGACGCCUACGCUGAGCCACUCGGCAAGCUGGUCCACCUGUCGACGCAGGUCGUUUCCGUGCAAAAGGUCGCAAGAGCAGGCCGCGACGUUUGGGAGGUCCAGACAUGCCGCAGCGGGUCGGACGCGCUUUCCACGGCGUAUUACGAUGCCGUCGUCAUCGCCAAUGGGCACUACAGCGAAGCCUUCACGCCGUGCAUCCCCGGGCUCGACGCCUUUAUCAAGGCGCAUCCGGGGCGCGUGUCGCACUCGAAGCAGUAUAGACGUCCGGGACAGUUUGCGGACAAAAAGGUCGUCGUCGUCGGCAACUCUGCAUCGGGCGCCGACAUUAGCGCCCAAAUCUCGACGACGGCCAAGCUUCCCAUUCUAAUCUCCGAAAAGGAGCGCCGCUCCGAGCCAGAUCCGGCGGUUCCUUGCUGGGCCAAGACGAUGCCCCAGAUUGUCGAAUUCAUCCCGGACCGUCGUUGCGUCCGCUUCGCCAACGGCGAGAUCGAAACGGACAUUGACGCCGUCGUCUUCUGCACCGGCUACGUCUACAGCUUCCCCUUCCUCAAGGGCCUCGGCUCGGCGGCGGUGGUGGGCGACGGCGGCGCGUGUGUCCACGGCCUGUACCAGCACGUCUUCUCCAUCGACGACCCGACGCUGGCCUUCCUCGGGAUCCCGCAGCGCGUCGUGCCGUUCCCCUUUGCCGAGGGCCAGGCGGCGUGGAUCUCGCGCGUCUGGGCCGGCCGACUGGGCCUGCCGCCGACGUCGGAGAUGAGGGCUUGGGAGACGGCACUGCUGCUAGCCAAGGGGAGUGCGGCGGCAGUGCAUUCCAUGGGCCCUCUCCAGGACGUCGACUACAUCAACGAUAUGCACAGGCUGAGCCUCGAGGCCGACAGAGACGCGGCCUUGGAGAAUGGAGGCGUGGGCAAGAUGCCGCCGUUUUGGGGGGAUGAAAAGAGGUGGCUGAGGGCGCAGAUGCCUCUGGCCAAGGCGGCGUCGAGGAAGUUGGGGGGCGAGAGGCAUAAGCUCCGGGAUUUGGCGGCGCUUGGCUUCGUGUAUCCUGAACAGAGCACUGGUAGCCCCCAAGCCGAGCAUGUAUUAGUAAAAUAG